UGUACAAGGGUUGUUGCUUGUAUUCAAAGAAGUGAUGUUCCAAUAGAAAUUAGUCCCUAAGCUGAUGUUUCUGUUCCUUUUCAUAUCAUGUCAAUAUAAUCAAAUUGUUAAAGAAUUAGCUGCAAUAACCGCUCAAGUAAAUUCCUAAAUCUAAAGUUAAUCUAAUCGUACAACUUCACAUCAAAGAUUUUCUACGUCAAUUUAGUUUGAACAUCCUAAUUUGUGAUGUUAAAAGUGGUAUAUUUGGAAGGCAUCCAUCUCUUUCCUACACUUUUUAACCACUUUUGUGCACUUGCAGCUUCCUAUGUAACUUAGUAGUGGUAAGUUCUGUUUAGUUUCUGAUAUUGCAUACUAUUCACUUGCUUUGUGAAAAGUAUGCCUUUGAUUAUGGGUCACGAUGGAAAUGGUUUAGCUCUUGAUUAUAGAAAAUGUCAAAAGAAAUUCAAUACAGCUUUUCCUAAGUUUCCAACUAACCUAAUAUGGUCGCGUGGAGAUGACGCCGCACGCAUAAAGGAAUGCUAUUUAUGUACCAUUAUCCCACUUGUGAAAAGUUAAUAAUGUUACUUUUGUUAUCUGAGUGCAAUCCUCGGGUGAAUCCUUUACGCAUGAAUGACUCAGACGCCACUAUAUAUUUAUAACUAUCUUCGGAAGUGAUUCUCCUUUACUUAUAGCUUUUCUCAUUUUGUGAAACAAGGAAGGUUACAAGAAAGCAACUACCCGUGAUCAGUAUAGAUGCACGCACAAUAUUCAUUCUGCGCAUUAACACCCAUCUAUUUAUCUAGGCACUCUCUGUAUUCUUCCUUUAUCUAUAAGAAAAUCAAGAGAUUAAAGUGCAUGCAUAGUCCUUAAAUUUGUUUGGAUGUGUCAUUUAGGUCCCUCUGCUCUGAAAUUGCAGAUUUGGAUCCCUAAACAUAGCGUCGAGUGUCAUUUAGAUCCCUUCACUCUCAAAUACAAAUCUAGCUCUCUAAACUGAGCUUCGGGUGUCACCUAGGUUCCUGUACUAUCAAAAUACAGUGACAUCCCAAUUAAAUUGGUAAAACACUUAGUUUUUAUCAAUAUAAUUUAUUUAUACUAAAUAAAGUAAUUUUUAGCUCAACGUGAAUAAAAGAAUGUUGGUGAGUAUGAAUCCAGGAAGGUUGAUAAUAUUCUUACUUCGGAGGCAAUAUCUUAGUUUGUUAGGUCUAUAUGACAACCAUAUUUUGUUCUUAGAAGAUUGUUCAAACUAAAUAAUUUGUAGCUGCACCUGCCAAACUAGAAAGCAGAAUCAGGGCUUGUGAACACCUUGAAUGACCAAAUGAUGGGGCAACAUAAUCAUUUAGAAAAGAAGGCAACGAAAGUAGAAUCCUGCUUGAAAGCACAAUAUUUGAUCCUAUUAUAUCUUAUUGCUGGGAUGUAACUAUAUUUUACGAGUAUAGGGUAUAUGACGCCCGAAACUAAGUCUAGGGGUUUAGAUUCACAUUUUGAUAACAUUUUUUUAAAAACCGCAUUUUGAUAACAUAUAUGGACAUAAUGACACACCCGAGACUAAGUUUAGGGAGCAAAAAGAUCUGCAAUUUGAAAGUAGAGGGAUCUAAUAAGUGACACAGCCGAACAAAUUUAAAGACCGGACAUGCACUUUACUCAAAAGACUAUAUUAUAAGUUUAUAACCAUAUAACUGAAGGCACGGGUCAUGAUCGACACUCUUCACCUAUUUGUUUCAGGCAUAUAGACAUAUACACCAAUAGACAACGCAGGUGCUUGACCUCUAGGAUCUAGGUAGAUCCAUUCUCCAUUCGUUGAAGAUCAUCAAUCUGAGAUGGACACAAAGACGCCGUAUAUACUCGCCAUUACCAUAGUAGCCAUCUACACUGGCAUGUAUGUGAUAUCCAAGGCUGCCUUCAACCAAGGAAUGAACAGCUUUGUAUUCGUCUUCUACCGCCAGGCUGCUGCAUCACUUCUCCUGCUGCCUAUCGCACUUGUCCUCGAAAGGAAAAAUGUGCAGUCGUUGCGCCUUGGGCUGCUCCUGAAGCUGUUUUUCCUCGCCUUGAUUGGGAACACAUUAGGCAUGAAUUUCUGCAAUGCAAGUGUGACGCUCACAUCAGCGACUGUAGCCUCUGCAACAAGCAACUCCACCCCUGUGAUCACCUUCUGCCUGGCACUGCUGCUGAGGAUGGAGGUGGUGAAAUUCAGGAGCUCCUCAGGCAUCGCCAAGGUGAUCGGCGUGGCACUCUGCCUCGCCGGUGCCCUGACCAUCGCCUUCUACACCGGGCCGCCGCUCCGUCCCAUCAACCACCACCGUGCCUUCCGCACUCCCCAUCAUGCCUCAAAAGCUCCAACAAGUCGCGGGACAUGGGUGCUCGGCACGUUCCUCAUGCUUCUGUCCAACGUGACAUGGUCCCUGUGGAUGGUUUGGCAGGCCGCGCUGCUCAAGGAGUUCCCCAACAAGAUGCUCCUAACGACAGCGCAGUGCGUGCUCAGCACGGCGCAGUCGUUCGUCGUCGCGGCUGUCGCCGAGCGGGACUUCGCAAAGUGGAAGCUCCGUUUCGACAUCAGCUUGCUCGCUGUUGCUUACACCGGGUUUGUGGUGACUGGAGUUUCCUACUACCUGCAAGCAUGGUGCGUGCAGAUAAAAGGCCCGGUCUUCCUCGCCGUAUGGAGCCCGCUCUGCUUCGUGUUGACAACAUUCUGUUCCUCCUCCUUACUUGGAGAGAUCGUUCACCUCGGCAGCAUCGUGGGCGGACUCCUAUUGGUUUGCGGCCUUUACAGCGUCUUAUGGGGUAAAAGCAGGGAGAGCAGGGUUUUUGAGUGUAGGGCCAACACUGUCAAUGGUGUACAAGAUGGACAAGAACACAAGAAUCCUCAAGCGGCGGAGCUUGGCGAGAGAGAGCGAGAGGAAGAAACGUCAAUGUCAGCAGUCAAAGUAGUGUGAUAAAAAAUAUACUGCCUCUAAUUCAUUUAUGUCGUCGUUGUUGUUACAAAUUAAGCCACCAAAAUUGUUGCAUUAAAGUUUAUAAUAAUUAACAGCUGCUUAAAUGCAGAAAUUUAAAUAUAGACGAUAGGGAAAUAGUUUUUU